UCUCGGAGGAACACAGCUGUGCGAGAGGAGAAACUCAUACUGACUCUUCUACAGCUGAGAAAGAAAACGUGUCUUCUGAUUUUCCUCUGCUUCUCCUUCUCCUUCGCCUUCUCCUUCUUCUCCUUCCACACCGGGGAACGUCAUGGUAACUGAAAGCAGCACUCCAAGCCAGUGAACACUUUCUAAACCGCGACAGUAACCGAAUUGAACUGCAACAGGAAGAAAAGAAACAGAUUUUAGUCAAAGAUGUCAGUGAGUAGCCACGAAAACCGCAAAUCCAGAUCAAGCUCCGGCUCCAUGAACAUCCACCUGUUCCACAAAACAUCUCAUGCGGACAGUCUGCUUACUCAACUAAACCUUCUGCGCAAACGAUGCGUCUUCACAGACGUCGUGCUCCAGGCCGGAAAACGAGCUUUCCCGUGUCAUCGGGCCGUCCUGGCCUCCUGCAGCCGCUACUUUGAAGCUAUGUUUAACGGCGGACUCAAGGAGUCUCGAGACACGGAAGUCAACUUCCACGACUCGUUGCACCCGGAAGUAUUAGAGCUUCUGUUGGACUAUGCAUACUCCGCCCGCAUUAUUAUCAACGAGGAGAAUGCGGAGUCGUUGCUUGAGGCCGGAGACAUGCUGCAGUUCCAUGACAUCCGAGAUGCCUCUGCAGAGUUCCUUGAGAAGAACCUGCACCCUUCGAACUGCCUCGGGAUGAUGCUCCUCUCUGAUGCGCAUCAAUGCCAAAGGCUUUACGAGCUCUCUUGGCGAAUGUGCUUGGCAAAUUUCGCCACUCUUUACCGGACAGAGGACUUCCUGAACCUUCCAAAAGAUCAAGUUCAGGAGCUGAUCUUCAGCGAGGAGCUGGAAGUGGAGGACGAGAGUGUUGUGUACGAGGCAGUUAUAGACUGGGUGAGAGCUAAUAUUGUAAGGAGACUCUCCGACUUGCCUGAACUCUUGCGCUGUGUCCGUUUAGCUCUUCUUCCUGAGAUCUACUUGCUCAAAAAUGUUGUCUCUGAAGAGCUCAUCAUGGGGGAUAAAGUGUGUCGAGAGAUUGUCGAAGAUGCCAUACGAUGCAAGAUGAAGAUCCUCCAGAAUGACGGCGUAGUCACUGGUUUCUGUGCUCGACCCCGGAAAGUCAGCCAGGCCCUGCUGCUCCUUGGAGGCCAGACUUUUAUGUGUGAUAAAGUGUACAUGAUCGACCACAAAACGAAGGAGAUCAUGCCCAAAACUGACCUUCCCAGCCCUCGGAAAGAGUGCAGCGCCUGUGCUAUUGGCUGUAAAGUUUACGUCACAGGGGGACGAGGCUCUGAAAAUGGUGCAUCCAAAGAUGUCUGGGUCUACGAUACCUUACAUGACGAGUGGUCCAAGGCUGCUCAAAUGUUUGUAGCCAGAUUCGGACAUGGUUCUGCCGAAUUGGACCAGGUCCUCUAUGUUGUGGGAGGCCACACUUCUCUAUCAGGCUCGUUUCCUGCUUCUCCGUCAGUCUCACUUAAACAGGUGGAACAGUACAACCCGCAGUCCAACAAAUGGACUCUAGUUGCCCCUCUUCGGGAGGGCGUGAGCAACGCCGCCGUCGUAGGAGCCAAAAACAAGCUCUUUGCUUUCGGUGGAACCAGCAUCAACAGGGACAAGUACCCCAAGGUGCAAUGUUUUGACCCCUGCGAGAACAGAUGGACGGUGCCGGCUACUUGCCCUCAGCUUUGGCGUUACACGGCGGCAGCGGCCGUUGGCAAUCACAUCAUCGUCAUAGGCGGAGACACAGAGUUCUCUGCAGGCUCGGCGUAUCGGUUCAACAGCGAAACGUACCAGUGGACUAAAUUCGUCGACGUCACAGCCAAAAGGAUCAGCUGCCACGCGGUCGCCUCGGGGAACCGACUCUAUGUGGUGGGCGGUUAUUGCGGUGCUCAGAGGUGCAAAACGCUGGACUGUUACGACCCCUCGACUGACUCUUGGGACAGCGUUACUAGCAUUCCCUAUUCCCUCAUUCCCACAGCAUUCGUGAGCACCUGGAGAUAUCUGCCAUCUUGAAUGUCACAGCCGGUUUGAUGUCCAGUGUCGUGAGGAAUGCAGGGGAAUUUGUCCUUUCUUUGCCUGAGGAAUGCAGGGGGUGGGGGGCCAGAAAGAAAGAAUGGAAAAAAGAAAUAAAGACAGAUGCCUGCCGAGGAAUAAAUGAAAAGCACAAGAAAGGAAAGGAAACGAAGAGCAGCGUUUGGCAUGUAGGAGAUAAACCAGGAGUGGACUUUUUUUUUUUUUUUUUCCUCCUUUGAUUCAAGCUCAAAGCUCCACCUCCAUUUAUUCCCUCUUCUUUCACUUCCUUUGAUUUUCACUGAGGGUUUUGAUAUUUAGAGAAUAAGAUGCUAAAGGGAAAUGAGGAAACCCCUCGUAAGAUGUAGGUUUAAGAAACUCUGCAGUUCAGGAUUUAGCCUGGAACAACACAGACGCUUAUCAGGACGAGGAACAAACACGCCGCUGUCCGCCGGCUAAGGAAAUGAGUGAUGUAUUAAAUGUGGCGCGCCCUGUGCGGCUCUUUUUUUUUAGUUGUUAAGAAGGGAGAUAUAAAUUCCUGGAUACACAACACACACACACACACACACACACACACACACACACAGUAAAUGACCAUGGCUGUUGUAUAUGUAACGUGUAUUGCUAAAUAUUGGGUGUUUAAUUAGCCUGAUGAAUCAUAUGACGGCUCCUCUUCACACCACCGUUUGGUUAAUUUGUAAUAGAACGACUUUCACAAUGUUUUUACUACUAAAUAAUUGUUUGAUAAAAAAUUAGCAAAAAUCUACUACUAUUAUUAUAAUUUUUUUAUUAUUAUUUGUCCCUUUUCUCUGUAGGAUUUCAAGUCUAUUGUAUUUUAUCAGAUUUAGUAUAUAUUAUAUAUAUAUAUAUAUAUAGUGUGUGUUAAUGCAUCUUCUAAUGUUAUUUUUAAUGCUGAUGGUUAAACACUGUCUGUUAGAAUAAUCGAUUUUCACCGAUCUGUCAUUUCAGAUCAAAUCCACACUAGAGCUGGGCGAAAGGGUAAAAAUAUCAGUAUCGGUUAUAGCCACGGCUUCAGCACAUCACAUGAUAUAAAAACGAAUAAAUGAAGCUUCUAUAGAAAUAAAACCUAAAAGACAAUUUUUGUAUCUUGUAAACAUUUUCUUGGUGUAUAUGCUGUAAGGAAUGCUGUUACCGAAACUGUCAGAAUCCACAUUUAAGUAUCGCGAUGUGAUAUUUUUUGCCGUAUCACCCAGCCCUGACCUGCACUGUACUAGAAAUGAUAUAUUUGUGAACGUCUUCUCUCUAAAAAUGUUUGUUUUUACUCUAAUAUUUAUAAAUGUUACUGGUUGCAACUUGUUUCUUAGUAAAGCGAUGUCUUUGGGGGAAAAAAAAAC